CGGAUAAAGUUGCAAUUUUAAGGAUAGAUUUAAUUUGUCAAAUUUGCAAAUUUUUUAAUGCUGUUGGUCUUCAGAUAAAAUUGCAAUUAUAAGGAUAGAUUUCAUCUGUCAAAUUUGCAGAUCUUUUAAUGCAGUUGAUCUUAGGAUAAUUUUGCACUUAUAAGGAUAGAUGUAUGCUGCGCGUCUUGGUUUUAUCCUAUGAACAAGUAGCCAAAGAUGAUAAAAAUACGAAUACGAGGUUGUUUCUCCAUAUUUAACUCAAUUCUGAGCGAAUUUUCUUGCUUCUAGUUAGCCUAAACGAAUAUCUAGAUACAUGACUUAUAUGAGAAAUCAUUCUUGAUUCCUUGCUCUGUACAAGAAGGUUUAUUACAGGAAAUUAUGUUUGACCCAUAACUGCAGUUUAUAAUCACCGUUUAACCAGAUUUGAGUCAUUUCCUUCACUGGAGGCUGCCUCUAAUAAUUGUUCACCGUCUCAAUUGAUGCUGUGACUCAAAGAGAUUUCCCAACCAAACCUCAUUUACCAAGUGAUAUCUUAAUAUGCUCAGCAAGUGCCUCCAAUUAGGUAACAACUCUUAUCUCUAGCAAAUCAGGUUUGCUGCCCUGACAAAGAAGCCCUUUAUCCCACUUCAGGUGCUCUUACACAAAGGGUCGUACUUCAACCAGGACGUAGCAGGGAGGAUACAGUCUAUUACAGUCGAACCCACUCUGAUGUGGGACUUGGGCGCGUUCUUGGACACGCCCCCGUCGGCUUUCCCCAUCUUCACGCAGAGGCCACAGAAAGCAACGGUCUCCAUCUACUGCGUCGCUUUUGUCAUUCUAGCUGACCUCCAGGUAAAGAGGAGUUUUGUAUUCCAGCCUUCGCCUCCUGCUGGCGCUGCUGGUCCUGCUCUGGUUACUAAUUACUCUAGUUAGUGGUGGUAACAAUAACAGGAGUUCCGGUAUUAUGAAUAAUAACAACACUUUUUAUUUAUUUAUUUUUAAGUGAUCCGGCAUCACGCUACAAGGGUCGUCCAAGCUGGAGAGUAGAAGUAGGAAUUGUAGUUGUAAUAUCAGUAGGAAUAGUAGAAGGUUUCAUCAUGAUAAUCUACAUGGAUGUCAUUGAGGAGUGAAUAUAUGUUUAAACCAAUUAUCUAAACAAAAAAAAAGUUAUGAAAGAUUCGAUUGGUGCAAACCAUGUAAUCAGACAGGAUAAUAAAUGAGGUGAGACCGGAAUUAGAUGUUCUCCAAUAACGAAGAGGAAAUGUUUCGAAAUCUGAGUUGGUCACUUCUACUGGGAGAAAAUAGAAAGAGGAAACAGAAAAAGCAGAUCCAGUCAAUUUAUGUUCGGGUUUCCAACGAUCCUUACGUUUCAAAAGAACAAUGGAAAUCACUUAUAUGGAGUUUGAAGGAUAGAAUGGAGAUAUGAUGCGUAUUGAAAAGUUGCUCAAAACUGCUGACGUUCUCUCGACAGGCUGUUGGCAAAGCAACGCUGGAUAUCCAGAGAGGGGAGUGGUUCCAAGGAUCAGAAAAAAGGAUACUCUCCUACACAGGACCCAGCCUUGAUCUUCCGACGGUUGUUGGUCAUCCAACUUUAGGUAACUCUGGGUAACAUACUCCUAGGUGGCUUCUGCGCUAACCUUGACUGUCUACUUCAUCUGACGAAGGAGCUGCUCAUUUUUUUGUGGCAAUGGUUAAGAAAUGAUGCCCUUUUAUAUUCAGAAUCUGUCAUUUUUCAAAUAACAGAAAAACAAAUCUUCUAGUAUAGAAAACAAUAAACAAUAAUUUUAGGUUCAUAUUAAAGGAAUUAAUCUCAUUAUUUGUCCACAAAUACAUGCCAAUCCGCUUUCAGACGUUCAUCUCACUCGAACUUGACCUGAGAUUGAAUCACUCUUGGUAGCUCAUUCGAGAGCAAAGAAAUGAAAAACAAUACAGAAAACGGGACUUUGAUCUUCAUUCCUAUACUUACAAGGAUCGGGCUACCAUACGGUACUGGUAACAGUAUCACAUGCCGCUGUUAACCAGAAGAAAGCCGCGGGAGGGGGAGGAGGAGGUCGUGGCGAACGAGCCCAGAGAACUUACGGUCUCCUGAGGGUUUGUCCCUACUGCCGUGACGGCAAGCCAGAGGUGAGCUUGGUCGAAACCUGGACGCCUAAGUGGGGCUUUGCUCUACACAGAGAGCUCUUUCCUGACGUCUUCCAGGUUUGUGGAACCUUUUAGAGUUGCUUUCCAAUUAUCUUUCUUUUAUGAAUGAUACGUAUAUACUCUACAUUUAAGAAUGCUAUGCAGGUCCAAAUAUUUGUUUUUUUCGCGUAUAGGACGGACAGUCCACGCGUAAUGAACUUGACUAUCUAUCACAAAAUCUUAAAUGAGAAGCAGCCCAGCACCGUAAUGGGUACCUGACAGAGUAAACCGACGAAGCAGUUAAAGAAUUCAUUUAAAUACUAUCGUUCAUCUAGAAAAGCGAUAAGACCAUAAUACCCUCAAUUCACUUACCUCUCUGCAGAACUUCAACGGACACGUCUUCCGAAUCGUCACGUUGGAGUACGCGCCGUUCAGCUGUUACGAAAAGAUUGGAGGAGGGCGCGAAGUCCGUUUAAAAGACUGCGUAGAUACCCGCAUGAUGAACGCCGUUGCUGGAACCCUCAAUUUCACUUACAAAGUCAGAGAACCCGCUGAUCAGCAGUGGGGAUAUAAACUGGACAACGGUACUUACACGGGUGUCAUCGGAGCCGUCCAGAAUUACGCAGCUGAUUUCUCGCUGAAUGUGGCGUUCACCGGAGAUCGGGAGAAGGUCAUUGACUACACCGUCGGCUAUUACAACGAUCCUCUGACCUUCUGUACGACGAAGCCCCGGCCGCUGAACCACGGCCUGGCAUUGCUUAGGCCUUUUGAGGCAAAAGUACGAGUUUCCUUCCUAAAUUUUUUGUCGUAAAGACCUUUAUUUCUGAGUUAUCCAGUGAUAUCCAGCAAGCACUAUUCGUUAAAUACGAAAAAUGUAAAAUGUCAUGUUUCAGGAAUUGUACAAUUUCUUUUUUAUUUUUAUUUAUUUAUUUAUUUAUUUAUUUAACCUUUAUUCUGAGUAAUCCAGUGAUGUCCAGCAAGCAUUAUUCGUUAAAAACGAAAAGUGUCAUGUUUCAGGUAUUGUACAAUUUCUUUUUUAUUUAAUUUUUUAUAUAUUUUUUUUUCUUGGUCUUCCUGUAAAGACCUUUAUCAGUAUCUGAGUUAUCCAGUGAUGUCCAGCAAGCAUUAUUCGUUAAAUGAUUCGGUGUUGUACAAUUUUUUUUAAUCUAUUUUAUUUAUUUAUUUAUUUUUUUUUUUUUUUGUCUUGCUGUAAAUACCUUUACAGAAUUCCGAGUUAUCCAGUGAUAUCCAGCGAGCAUUAUUCGUUAGAUACGAAAAGUGUAAAAUGGCAUGCUUCAGGUAUUAUACAAUUUUUCUUUAUUUAGUAUUUAUUUUAUUCUUUAUUUUAUCUUAUUUAUUUUAUUUUUUUUUUUUUUUUUUUUUUUUUAUUUUUUUUUUUUUUUUUUUUUUU